GCGAAGAGGGACGUCCUGACCCCCUUCCGUGUGGACUUGGAGGUGUAUGAGGGGCACGGCGACGCCAGCCGCCUGCUGGGGAAAUGCACCCACGAGCGAUGGUUUUUAGGAGAGGGGGUGAAAAGGAUUUCGGUCAGAGAAGGUCGUCUGAAAGCAACCCUCUUCCUCCCUCCUGGACCUGGUCCGUUCCCUGGACUUAUCGAUUUGUAUGGGUCUGGAGGAGGUCUUGUGGAGUACAGAGCAAGUCUUCUGGCUAGCAGAGGCUUUGUGACUCUGGCUGUUGCUUACAUGGCCUUUGAAGAUCUCCCUGCUAUGCCAGAAAGUCUUGAACUGGGCUAUUUUGAGGAAGCUGUCAACUUUUUGCGGAAGCAGCAGCAGGUGAAAGAUACUGGGAUUGGCGUGUUGGGCUUGUCUAAAGGAGCUGAUCUGGCCCUUUCCAUGGCCACGUUUCUACCUGGCAUCAAGGCAGCUGUCAGCAUAUCUGGAAGUAGUUUUAAUUCUUUCGUUCCUCUGCAGGGGGAUGGCUUCACUAUUCCUGCCCACCCCUACAACUUGGGGAGGGUAAAGACCAGUGACGAGUCUGGCCUAGUAGAUUUUUCAGAUGUCCUAGAUGAUCACAGGGACCCAGCAACUUGGGAUUGUCGCAUUCCCUUGGAGAGGUCCUUGGCCAAGUUCCUCUUCCUGUCUGGACUGGAUGACAGGAACUGGAAGAGUGACCUGUACUGCCAGGAUGCUGUUCAGCGCAUCCGGCAGCACGGGCGGGACGCGGAGUUUUGCUCCUACCCUGGAGCUGGGCACCUCUUGGAGCCACCAUACCUGCCUCUGUGCCAGGCUUCCAUCCACAGAGUGCUCGGGGCGUUUGUGCUUUGGGGGGGGCAAUGGAGGGAACAUGCCAAAGCCCAGGAAGACGCCUGGCACAGGAUACAGGCCUUCUUCUGGCAGCACCUGAUGGACUCGGACGUCCCGAAGAGCAAGCUGUAG